AUGCUCUCGAGAUCUUCCGAUGGCAUCAUGUUCGACUUGAUACAGCAAUCAUCGCACUCGACGUCUGCGCCGGACCUUGAGGAGGGGCUCGGGCUUCGGCUCUUCUUGGCUCGGCAGCGCAUCCCGCUGGAGGCGCUGCAGAUCAAGGAGUUCAGGCAAAGUUGCUUCACGGGAAGCAAGACCUUGUACAUAUGUGAUGAUCGGCUUGGUCGUCCUCCCUCACCAGAAGAGCACUCGGCCGAAGCAGUGGAGCACUGCCAGAGUUGUCAUUUCUGCGGUCCAGAAUCCCACCUUCUGUACCUCGAUGACUCUACGAGACAAGGAUGGAGAGCCUGGAGACUGGGGCCACUUGGGCCACUUGGGCCACUUGGGGAGCCGUUUGCUUCUCAUGAUGCCCGGGUGGCUGAUGUAAGCCACAUCACGCCCAUCGAGAACAUGGAGCCUGAACGACUUGCACAAGGACUAGAAAUGGCACAAGAGCUGGGCCGUGCCUUCUUUGCCGCCAGGGGGCCUGGAAGUCCUGGAGUUCAGACAGAUCAGACAGUUCAGACCUACCUGUCAUACAUGAUCAAGCACGGGUCUCUCGCUGGCGCACUUUGCCCGCGUGUCCACAUAGCCUUGGCCAAGCGACGCUGCCCUCAGUUUGAACGAAGGCUCAGCUUGGCGCGGCAGUUCCAUCAGAAAUACCGUCGCUGCUCAGUUUGCCACUGCCAUGUUGUGGCUCCCUUGCGUGAUGGGCAAUCUGCGGAUCGCUUGCUCCACCAAACAGGUGACUUUGUUGCGAUCAUACCAUACGCUUCUACUCCCUAUCGUGUCUCCAUUAUUCCAAAGCAGCACAGUGCGUGUUGGUUGCAGCUCGGCGCAGCCAUCCAACAGUUGGCAUUCUUGCUCCAACUGGUGGUUGAGGCUAUGCAUUACGUCCUGGCUAAUCCAUCCUACACCGUGUACAUUCUGUCGGUGGAUGGCCAAUCUGAGCUGGAGAAGGAGAACACCUUCGAAGCCUUUCAUUGGUCUAUGGAGGUUCAAGCCCGGCUUCCCGUGGACUUUGGGCUCCAGCUCUCCUCGGGACUUCGCGUCGCCUCGCGCCUGCCCGAGGACUGCGCCCAAGACUUGAGAGCUGCGAUGAGGGCGUGUCUUUCUCGCCGGGCGCAGCUUGUAGUCGACGACCUCUAA